UUCAAUGAUUUGUCGAAGUAAAUCAAUAUGGAUCGUGAACGUGAAUGUGUUUUGUGAGAAUAUUUAAUUCGACAAUGUGAUGAUAGCAAAUUAAUAUUAUCACUGAUAAACUUAUUUAGACAAUGUCAAUCAAUACAUUAUGUGCUGCAUUUCGCAAAAUUGCAGUGGGCAGAAUAAGUACUAUUGCUACUGCAAGAUGUUACUCAACACAACAAUCAAAUUGUGAUGUUAAUGUAAUAUCCCGUUUAACAUCCAAUAGUCAUGGCAUAGAUAGUACUAAGACCAUUGAUAUCAAAUUUAUACCAGGGACACUUAAUAUAGAUUUUGGGAUACGUACAAAUGGAAAUUUAAUAAGAAAUAUUAUUGAAAUGCCUGUUACAAAGAUUCCCCCAUUACAAGAUCCUGUAAAGCGUUUACCCAUUCGAUAUGAUUUACCUAUAUCGGAGAAGUCUAUAGAUUUGCCUACAAAUGGAGAAAUCUUUGAGAAACAUGCGGUACGUUUAAUUGUGAUCAGACAUAAGAAAAUGAAGAAACAUAAGCGAAGGAAACUGCGUAAGAAGAUGCAGUUUAUAUGGGCAAAAUUGAGACAUAAACGUAAUGUAAAAAAAGAGAAAGUAUUUCAGGCAGAGCUAAUUAAUAAAAUUAAGCAAGCACAAGCAUUUGAUGCUAAGGUGUACAUUAAAGAGAAACUCAAUAUUCUGAACAAGGAAAGAAUACCAAGAACUUUCAGAGGCGAAAUUUUACCUGCUGAAAUGAUAAAAAAAUUUAUAGAUGAGAAAAAAGCAAAACAAGAAGCAAAGCGUAACAAACCUCGUUUAAUUCUAUAAUUUAUGUAUAAAUCAAGUAAUAAACAAUAAACUUUAUGCUAUUUAA